CUAUCACCGCCAUGCUCGCCACCCUCCUCCCCGCCGUCCUCCUCCUCGCCGCCCAGUCAGUCGCAGCCCGCACCUGCUACAACGGCUACGGCCGUCAGUACCGCUGCAGUGGCCUAUCUUAUGGUGCCAGAAUCGGCAUAGGAAUCGGAAUCGCCGCUGGUGUCCUCUUGCUCUUCUCUCUUUGUGGUUUCUGGCGUCGCCGCCAACUGCGAAGCCAGUUCUCCAAGUACAAGCCCCCAGCUCUCCCCUACAAUGGCCAGCAACAGGCGCCCCAGGGUCAGAACCCGUACCAAAACAACCCGCCUCCUCCUACUUGGAACAACAAUGCUCCUGCUCCCCCUCCUGCCACCUACCAGCCGGGCUCGGCCGGCGCUUAUGGCGCUAGCACGACCGGUGCCGAGGGCCACGAGCACGGAUACGAGUGGGAGCAGGCUAGGCAGCAGGAGGAAGAGGAGAGGAGGAACAAGACCUCUGGUACCAAUGAACCUGCUCCUCCCGGUUAUGACAUUGCCACUAGCACCCACAACACUGGCAAUGCUGGCACCACCACAUACGCUCCCCCUGCUGGGCCUCCUCCCGGCAAGUAGAGUCAUCGUGUAAAGACAUGAUAACAUCUCGAGGUAUCAUUAGAAAACUGAGUGGAAAGAAUUGAUCAGAAGUCACAUAUAAUUUAUACACGUUCUCAAUGUCAUUCAUCUUGUACUAUGAUAUGCACCUUAUAACUGCCUUGCGCCGCUUCGAUCGGUGACAGACUCGCCACGAGGGUAUGUGUUGGGUGGUGUGCUUGAACACUGCCAGCGUGUCCUCCUUUCUUCGCUUAUCGCCUAUCUCUUAUCGUACACUGUACUCUCUGCCAG